AUUUUACUAAUAGUUUUAAAAAUAAACAAAAAAAAUUUUAAAUAAAUAAAAAAUAAGUAAGUGUUUUAAGCAAUAACAACAACAAUAAUAACAAAUAAGCAAAAAAAGUAAUGACAACGUUGUUUAAUUCCCUAACAUUUGUCAACAAAAAAAAAAAAAAAAAUAACAAUUACAGUAACAAUUAAAAUAAAUAAUAAUAAAUAAAAACAAUAAUAAUAAAACAACAAAAACCGGCAUUUUAUGACGUCAUUUUUUUUUCCACCCAAACAAAAACACAAACAGCAAACAAAUCAAUAAGCAAUACUCUCCAUUUUUAAAGAGAGCUUUAAACAAGAAAACACUGUUUGUUUAAAUAACAGUAAAUUUUAAAAAACAACUAGGAAAUUAUUUAAAAAACAAAAGAAGUGUUGCUUUAAACAAAUUAAUAAAAGUACAUAAUUAAAAAAAAGUAAAUUAAGAAAAUUAAUUCAGAACAACUGCAACAAAAUUUAAGUUAAUAUUAGUUACCCAAGAGUAAAGAAUCUUACUUACAACAACAACAAAAAGCCCCCCUCUCUGUACCACAACAACAAUGCCUUUUACAAAAUAUCUAUUAUUUGUUUUUAAUCAUCAAAAUCAAAUACGCUAGUGUAAAAUUAAUUAAUUUAACAAAUAUUAAUAAUAAUUAUAUAAUCAAUAUAAUAUAAAAAAAUGGCUGCUAUGGUUAAUAUGACCAGCCUUUUAAAUGGCAAAGAUUCACGUUGGCUCCAGCUAGAAGUAUGUCGGGAAUUUCAAAGAAAUAAAUGCUCCCGCCAAGAUACUGAAUGUAAAUUUGCCCAUCCGCCAGCAAAUGUUGAAGUUCAAAAUGGCAAAGUCACCGCUUGUUAUGAUAGCAUUAAGGGUCGUUGUAAUCGUGAUAAACCGCCUUGCAAAUAUUUUCAUCCUCCACAACAUUUGAAGGAUCAAUUGUUGAUAAAUGGCCGUAAUCAUCUUGCCUUGAAAAAUGCACUAAUGCAACAGAUGGGUAUUGCACCAGGACAGCCAGUUAUACCAGGACAAGUGCCACAAGUGGCCACAAAUCCUUAUUUAACUGGCAUACCUGCUAACACAUACAGUCCAUAUUUUGCACCUGGUCAUUUAGUGCCUGCCUUAUUGGGUCCUGAUCCUACAGCUGUCUCACAAUUGGGACCAGUUGUACCGCAAGCGGUACAAGUGGCUCAACAAAAAAUACCACGUUCCGAUCGAUUAGAGGUUUGUCGUGAAUUUUUGCGCGGUGCUUGCAAACGUGCCGAAUCUGAAUGCCGUUUUGCACAUCCGCAGGAGAGUGUUGCCCGACACGAUGAUGGUUCCAUUACGGUGUGCAUGGACGCCGUAAAAGGUAGAUGCACACGUGAUCCCUGCCGCUAUUUUCAUCCUCCCUUGCACCUACAGGCACAAUUAAAAGCGGCGCAAUCACGCGCCACCGCUGUUGCUGCAGCUGCUGCGACUGCACCUGUUUCCGUUUCCGCUGCAACUUUGACACAUCAUCAACAACAACAACACCACCACCAACAUCAACAACAACAACAUAAUCAACUUCAACAACAACCACCACCUCUGCCACCACCUCCAACCAUCCCCACAAUGCCCGGUUCGUCACUUCCGUCUACACAGCAAACGAAUGUAGCGAAUGCAGCCGCAGCUGCUGCCAAUGCUGCAGCCGUCGCUGCCUUGACUUUAGGUCAACAGCAUCCUUUGGAAGUGGGCAAGAAACGUGCUGCCGAUACAGACAUGUUUCAAUUGAUGGAUGUUAAAACGGUUGGUUCAUUUUACUAUGAAAAUUUUGCUUAUUCUGGCAUGGUGCCCAUUAAACGUCCCGCUGCUGAAAAGUCUGGCAUUCCUGUGUAUCCCGGUGCAACAACAUACCAACAAUUAAUGCAAUUACAACAACCAUUUGUACCAGUCUCAUGUGAGUAUCAAACUCAAAUUAGCACAAGCUCUACUACUACUGCUCCUACUACUACUAUCAAUAUCAAUUGUAAUUCUACUACUACUGCUGCUGCUGCUAGUGCUGCUACUACAGCAACAACUACAACAACACCAUUAGGUGCUAAUGUAACACACCACCUAAAUCACCAACACCAACAACACCUAAAUCACCUACACCAACACAACCUACAACAAUUGUAUAAUUUACAAAAUUCCCAUUUAUCCCAAAACCAAAAUAGUCCCUUAAACACUACACAACAACAACAACACCAACAAUCCAUGUCCCAAUUAUCCAAUACUAUAAAUAGCAACUAUAAUAAUCAUUUAUCAAAUAUUGCUAAUAAUUUAAAUAGUAAUCAUAAUAGUAAUAUUAUUAAUAAUAAUAAUAGUAAUUUGUCCAUGAUGAGUACAUUUAACAGUAAUAAUAACAACAAUAAUAAUAACAGUAGUAGCAACAACAACAACAACAUUACAAACUCCAACAACAAUAAUAAUAAUAAUUGUUUAUCAUAUAUAAAUAAUAAUUUAAAUGCUAGUAAUAAUAGUCUUAAGUUGAUUAAUUAUCCAAAUACUACUACUAUUACCAAUACUACAGCUACUACCACUACUACAGCAGCUGCUGCUGCUGCUUUAGCUACAGCUACAACUACAACAACUGGUGGUAGUAAUUUAGUUAGUAAUUCUGGUAAUGAUACCAAUGUUUCUACUACUAGUACUAUAUCGACUACUUCUACUACAACUGUUAAUAGUAGUUUAAAUGCUACUGCUGCUACAACUACUACAGCAGCAGUCUUAGUUAACGACAGUAAUAGUAGUUUGAAUGCUACGGCAUCUGUUAAACAAAAUUACAACAGUAAUGAUCAAGAGUAUGACAAUGAGCUUAACAACAACAAUAAUAACAAUAAUAAUAAUAAUGAGCAGGAAAAAGUUACAACAACAAACUCCUCCUCCUCCUCUUCCUCUUCGUCAUUGUCCUCAACGACGACGACUACAACAACGCCUACAUCACAGUCUAAUAACAAUAGUGCUUUAAAUAACACUUCCUUAGAUGAUGUGGAGCCUGCUAAUGAAAAGCUUAAAGAGGGCAUUACUACUACAGCUAAUACUACAACAACUACAACUACAUCUUCAACAACUACUAACAAUAAUACAAAUUUGCCUACAUCUCUUAACUCUAAUGAAAGCUAUAGAUAUUACAAUGGCGGCUUAAAUGGUAACGAAGAGAAAUCAGUUAAUGGUAAUAAUGCCCUAAGCAAUGGUUUAACUGAAACUGCUGUUACCAGUUCCAACUCUUCCUAUGUAAAUGGCUAUAGCACUAGUAGCAUCGGCAGCACGACCCAACACUCCUCCAGCGGUAUAUUACCCACACCGCCUGCUACUUCCUCAGUGGUGACUAAUGCCUAUCAAGCUCAACAGAAUAUGCAAAGAUUGUAUCAACAGUCUUAUAAUGCCGCCGUGGCCAAUACAAAUUAUGCCAAUCUAAUGGCCAGUUAUGGUCAUCAGACCCCAGUUUCGAGUACCUCGGUCUCGCCCUAUACUUCACAAACUAUCACAGUACCUUCGUAUUCAUAUGCCGGCACUACAGCCUCGCCCUAUGCUUAUAGUGCUUAUCCUACUGCAGCCCAGGCUGCUCAGGCAAAUUAUUAUGCCGAUGCUGCUGCCCUGGCCAAAGAGGUGGCCCAGAAAAACUAUGCUAAUGCUUUGAAAGCGGCCAAUGUCAGUGCUAGUUCUUUGACGGGUAAACCUUUGACAGCAGCUGCUGCUGCCUACUCAGGUAUGGCUUUGAAUAAGGCCUAUAUGGCUGCUCCCGGCCAGCAGGUUAUGGCCCAACAUGCUGCCUUUAUGCAGGCCCAAGCUCAGGCUCAAGCUCACCAGCAGCAGCAGCAACAACAGGCUGCUGUAGCUGCUAUGGCUGGUGCCCAAAUGCGCUCUUAUCCCGGCAUGUCAACGCCGGUUGGAACACCUGUUCAUGCCGCUGCUGGCAGUUCGGCUUUAUUGUCACGUCCUCCCUCAGCUGCUGCAACGGGUUAUUUAUCCGCCUCUCCCAAUCCCGCUUUAUUAAGGGGUCAACCCAUGACUUUGCCCGCGGCUCCUAAUGCUCAAUAUGCCGCCGCUCUGCAGCAGCAGCAACAACAGCAAGCCGCCUUUUUCUUUCCCGGCAUGAUGGCCUCAGCGCCCGGUUAUCCUUUUGCCGCCAUGGGAGCCAUGCCCUCGGCCACAGGUUUGCCCGCCGGCAUGACUCCUAGCGCUCAACUGGCAGCUGCCUCCGCCUCUACAGCCGCUGGGGCCAAUAGUGCUUUAGUCUUAAAUCCCUACAAGAAAAUGAAAACUUCUUAAGUCGUAUUUCAAGCCCCUUAAAAAAGGCUUACGAUCUUGCUAACCUACUUCAUCUAGUAAAAGCUUUUUAAGUUUUUCUAAGAUCAUCUAUAAAUAGCUUAGCCAUAAAAAACUUUUGGUUAAGUUAUAAACAAACGAAAACCCUUUAAAAACCCUUUGUCCCCUUUUCAAGUACUUAAUUACUUUUACAAUAAAUUUUAUUAAAAAACGAAAUUUAAAAAAAAAAUUCUUUAAAUUUAAAAAAAAAAACAAAUUUGUGCCUAGUUUUUAGAAACUUUAAUUGUUUAAUAUUUAGGUUUUGUUAGAUUUUUAACUCUAUAAAGUUAAUGAAAAAAAAGCUCUCUGUUUUUUCUUAAUUAGUUUAUAAAAAAAGCUCUCUUUUGUUUUAAUUUGCUUAUAUAUUUAUUAAAAGCUCGAAAGUUAAGAGUAAGCCCUCUGUAAUAAUAGUUAAAAGAUUAAAAAGGGGUAAAACAAGCAAAGCUUAAAGACUUUUUUAAAAGCUUUUAAAUAAAUUUAACUGAAAACUGACAGAUAUUUAGAAAAGAAAACUUGUAGAAAUACUGCUUAAAGCUUUCUACUUUAGACUUUAAAAUACAUCCUUAAAUUACAAAACUUUCAAAUAAAUCAAAUUAAAGUUUUUACUUUUCAAAAAGCUUUAAUUUUCCGGAAAGCUUUUUUCUAGAAAACCACUUUGAGGAAAGAAGAAAAGCUUUUUGAAAAAGAGCUUUUUAAGAAAAGCUUUUUGAAGAAGAGCUUUUAAAGAAAAGCUUUUUAAGAAAAGAUUUUUAAGAAAAGCUUUUUAAGAAAAGUUUUUAAGAAAAGCUUUUUGAAGAAGUGUUUUUUGUAGAAGAGCUUUUCUAAGAAAAGCUUUUCCAAAAACAGCUUUUUUAGGAAUUUUUUUCUUAAAACUUGUUAUUUCAAGUUUUAAGAAAAACUUUUUUAACAAAAGCUCUUUUUGGAAAAGCUUUUCUAGAAAAACUAGCCAUUAAACUUCUAAAGCUUUACAUGCUUUACUAUCCAAUAUUGCUUAAUCUUGCCCCGACUUGUUGCAAAACCCCUUUUUAUCUUUAAAAAUGAGACUCUUUUUUUUUAAUAUUUAAAAUCCUUUAAUAUUUAACAAAAAAGAAAACACAACUUAAGGACCUCUUUAUAAUUUAAAAAGUUUAUUAUUUUAUUUUUACAAAAAAAAACCUGCCUUAAUUUUUGCCAUAAUUUAGUUGGAACAGUUUUUAUUUUUGUUUAGUUAUAUUUUAAACAUAAUUUUUUGCCAUUAAACGUAACGAAAAACAAGAGCUUUUUAAAAGCUCUUAAUAAUUAGGUUCCUUUAUGUGAGAGAAAAGAAGAAAAAAAAAACGACAACUACAAACAAUAUAAAUAAUUUAAUAAUUUAAUUAUAUAGAAAUAGAAAUAGUUAUAGAAAUUAAACAAAUAAUAAAAAACGAAGUACUGUGAUAGCUUUUUGUUUCUUGUCAAGAAAACUAUGAAAAAAAUGCAAAAAAAAUAAAGAUUUUUUAAAUUAAAAGCUUGACUUAGUACGGCGUUCAAAACAUGUUUUUUUAUUAGUUAUUAGCAACGAAAUAUUAGAUUUACUCAGCUUAUAGCAGACAGUUACUUAAAUAUAUUUAAUCUUAAACAUUUGUGUUUUUUCUUUAGGUUCCUAACAAUUAAUUAAAUAAGAGAACAACAACAAACAUAUAAAUACUUAACAGGCAUGGAAAAUCGAAAUUUUGAAAUACAGUGCUAAACAUAGACUAAUCUAUAGAUUAAACUAUAGACUAGGCCAUAAACUAACCAACAGACUAGACUACAGACUAAACUAUGCAGUAGACUAUAGACUUGAC